GGCCCGAAUGGCGGAUCGUCCUGGUGGGCAAAACCGGCAUGGGGAAAAGCGCGGUGGGCAACACCAUCCUGGGAAUCCCGGUCUUCGAAUCCGAGAUAUCGCCUGUCUCCCUCACCCAGACUUGCCAACGGGAGGAGGCCCUGCUGAACAGCCGGAAAGUGGUGGUGGUGGACAUGCCAGGCUUCCUCGACACGGCUCGUCCUGAGCUGAAAACCUCAGCCGAAGUGAGGAAGUGCAUCAAGUUUUGCCCCCCGGGCCCCCAUGUGGCGCGCUUGAUCAAGGAGAUCUUCACCUUGAAGGGCAAGGAUUACACGAUCAUUCUCUUCACCCACAAGGAGCAUCUGGAGGGCAAAACCCUGGAGAAGUUCAUCACCGAAGGCAAUGUGGGCCUGAAGGAGCUGGUGUACCAGUGUGGCAACCGCUUCCUGGCAUUUAACAACAAGGCUGAAGGCGCAGAGCACGAAGCUCAGGUGGGCCAGCUGAUGGCCAUGAUUGAUGCACUGGUGCAGAAGAACCGCACUGCGCCUUGCUACACAGAGGAGAUGCUCAAGGAUGACAAGGAGCAUUUUGCCAAAAACUGGGACUUUUCCUGGCUGUGUCCUUUGCUUUGAGGAGGACAGCGGCGAAACGCUCGGGCCAGCUUCCAGACGCUGCAACGGCAACUCCACGGAUCGUCUUUUGCUCGUCUCCUCCCGCUUCAGCUUUCUGCUUCCUGCUCCGGAACUCCCCCACAGGAGAGUUUCAUGGCGGAGUUUCCCUGAGCUGAUUCCGUCUCCCGAGAAGCUGGUUUCUCCACGGGGUUGAAAGGGGUCCCUCCUUCCUCCCUUCCUUUCCUCAUUGCUUCAUUCCUCCUUCCUUUCUUCUUUCCUCCCUCUUUUCCUUCCUUCCACCUUUCCUUC